AUGCCAUCGUUUUGGUCAAUAAAAAACAUUCGCACACAAAUUGCAAUUCUUCUGGCGGCAGCAUUAUGUAUUGAAGGACUUAUGAGAACAAAUCUCAAUAUGGCUAUGGUUUGUAUGGUUAAUCGAACAGCACUUCUGCAAUUAAAAAGCAAAGUUGAGUCACCGAAAAAUACAACGACUGUUGUUAAUCCUUGCCGAAAAUUGCCAAGUGAAAGUAGGAAAGGAUAUAGUGGUGAAUUUAUAUGGACAAGUGAAGAACAAGGAUGGAUUUUUGCUGCUUUUUACGGUGGUAGUUUAUUUAUUGUAAUACCCGGAAGUUAUUUGUGUGAUUACUUUGGACCAACUUUAGUUGUUCAGUACGGAUCAGUUACAAAUAUUAUUGGUUCAUUUAUUACACCGGCUGUGUCAAAGUAUGGUGGAGUUUAUCCAAUGAUUAUCGUUCGUUUCUUAAUGGGCUGUGGUCAAGGCGUAUUAGUUCCCUGUAUGACGGUUCUUAUUGCUCAUUGGUUUCCAAAAUCUGAAAAAAGCACAGCGAUUGCUGUUGCAACUACAGGAAAUCAGCUUUCAAUAAUCCUUGCAAUGUGUUUUACUGCUGAACUCUGCCAAAUCCCAUUGUUUGGUGGCUGGCCUUUGGCGUUUUAUAUAUAUGGGGUCCUUGGUAUUGGUUUUUGCAUUGCAUGGCAACUUUACGUAAAUGAUAUACCAACAGGAUCGAAAGAAAUUACGGAUAUUGAACUUAUUUACAUCACUGGAACAUUGGUCGGACGUGGACAAAAAAGGUUACAACCGAAAGUGCCUUGGAAAAAAAUUUUAAAAUCAGUAACAAUUUGGUCAAUAGCAUUGAAUUCGUUUGCACAGUCAUUUGCCUUGGUCGGAAUGAUUACAUAUUUGCCACUUUAUUAUAGAAGCAUUCUUAAUAUGGAUCUUACUUCGAACGGUGUAUUGUCGGCUAUGCCUUUUGUUAUUCAGUUCAUCACGAAAGUAAUCUUUGCGAGUUUAGCCGAUGAAGCAAAGAAACAUGGGUUCACCGUUAAUUUUGUCACGAAAUUUUGCAAUUUAUUCGCAUCAUUAGGUACAGCUGCUUGCUAUCUUUUGCUCAUGUUAUUUGACUGUUCUCAACAGUGGAAAGCAGUUAUUUUUGUUUCCUUAUCGAUGGGUUUAAUUUCGGGUUUCAUUCCAGGAUAUAACACGAGUAUUGUUUCGGUAGCACCUAUAUAUACUUCAUCAAUCGCUUCCUUCUGUCGAUUAUGGGCGACUCUAGCUUCAAUUGCAUCACCAUAUUUGAUCGGUUUGCUUGUCAAGGAAGUAAUUUUCAUUAUUUAUUCAUUAAUUUAUUAUUUAUUCAUAUCAGUCAUAAAGUCCGAUCUUUCCUUUAUCGAUAUAUUUUUUUUCCGUUAUCGUAUUGAUUAUAAAUUGGUUCCUAUAUUCUGUUUUACUGCAUAUGACCGUCUUUGA